GGAAAUCAAUAACUAUGGCACACAUGAUUUGUUUACAUCAUGGUGGGAGCUCUUCACAUGUAGUGUAGUUGCCUUUUGUGAAUCUUUCUCACAUUUUCGGAGGCUUUUUUCUUCUUGUUGUUUGUUUAUUAGGAAGUUCAAACCGGUAAUGCUUUAAAGAACACCGCUCAUCUGUUGGUUCCCUGAAUGGUUCUAGAGUCUGACUGAUGAUGGAGGGUCAGAGUGAGGACGUUGUGACAGGAGAGGGGUUUGUUAAAGAUGAGGAGGUGAAAAAAGAGGAUUUAACAGAGGAGGCGACUCCUGACGCUGAAGAGGAGGACGAGGAGGCUCUUCCUCACUCUGAGAUCCUGGAUAUUUUCGAGGAGGGACUUGCCAGACUUGUACAGGACCCCCUACUGUGUGACCUGCCAAUCCAGGUUGGUUGCAUGUCAACACAUAACAGAGAUUACAACCGGUUAAAAAAUAUACCAAAGGAGAGGGUGAAAAGUCAUGCAUUUAAUUCACAGUAUUUUCUUACUCUGUUGUAAGUGUGUCCUGAAAUGAUUAUUAUUGGAUCUUACUCUUUGUAAUCUGUUGUAAUCAGUUAUUUGUUUAAGUUUUCAUUAAACAAAUUUGUUGGUUUAUGGCUUUCUUCAAUUGCGUCCCUAUUGCUUAUUGCUUUGCUCAACAUCUCUGUAUGACCAGUGAAAAGAAAUGAAAAUAUCAAUGAGAAAACUGACUUUCUGUUUUAAAAUGUCAAUACCUUAAACUGCUACCACAUGUCAGACAUUUGGUGAGUAUGCGGAAAAGUAACAACAAAAGUGUAUAUACAGUAUGUUUAGAUAGAUUUGUGUCCACAGGAUGCACCCAAAUCAAUAUCAAUCAAUUCAAUCAAAUUUUAUUUGAGUUGCACCAAUUCACAACAGUCGUCAUCCCAAAACACUUUUCAAAGAACAAGAGCAGGUCUAGAUCACGCUCAUUGUUUGAUGAAAUAUCAAGAACCAACUUAAGAUGGGAUUUGGCCCAUCCCAUCUAACAUAAGUAACAGUGGCAAGGAAAAACUUCCUUUUAACAGGCAGAUACCUUGAGCCGGACCAGACUCAUGCCAGACCAAGCCGCUGCUGGGUUGGGGAGGAAUACAGAGACAUAGGGGGAGAGGGUGAGGGGGGAGAGAGAGAGAGAGAAAAAGAGAACAAGAUAGAGGGAAGGAGAGAGAGAAUGAGUAAGGGAGAGAGAGUAGAGGAUGAGGGUGAGAGAGAGACACAGGGGACCGCAGCAAUGUUAAAACAACAGCAGCAACAACAACAACAGUUUAGAGUGGAAAUUUUCCAGAGGAUCUCUGAUAAAUCUCUUUAGUAAAUAUUAAUUAUCAAGAUCAUUAAUUACUGGUCAAAGUCUGCACUGGUUUACAGAAAAAGUCUUGUACAUUUUUCCUGAGAUCUGAUCAGUCUUUUCCUGUAGGUAACUCUGGAAGAGGUGAAUUCUCAGAUCGCCUUGGAGUACGGACAGGCCAUGACAGUGAGGGUUUUGAAGGCAGAUGGUGAAGUCAUGCGUAAGAACUCAGAUUUGUAUCUUGUUUGUUUGACUGAAUUUGAUGCAUAACAAAAGAAAGAAAACUACAUUACUACAGAGUGUAUUUAUUUAAUUAUUGUCAGUUUGUUUGCAAUGAUAACAUCUGUAUGGCAUCAUAAAAUAUAAAAUAUAAAUAAAAAAACCUUUCUCCCAUAGCUAUCGUUGUUGUGCAGAGUGCUACUGUGCUGGACCUGAAGAAGGCCAUUCGCAGAUUUAUGGAGCUGAAACAACAACGUGAAGGAGGAGUGAAACAUGUCAGCUGGUAAACUCAAUGAAAACAUAUCAGUGUUCAAUAUAUUUAAGCAAAAAAAAAAAAAAAAGCUUUGUCACAUUCUAACUCGGUUAUUUCACAGGAGGUAUGUUUGGAGAACCUAUAAUUUGGUAUUUCAGGGAGAGAAGCUUGAAGAUGACAAGACCAGGUUAAAAGAGUAAGCCCAUGAAAUAAUCUCUUUCUUGAAUUGUUAUGCUGUAUUUUUCAUUUGCACUGUCUAACACUGUUUUUGAUUUUAGCUAUGGCAUUAGGAACAGAGAUGAAGUGACGUUUAUGAAGAGACUCAGGAAAAAGUGAAAGGUUGCUGCUCACACUCGUCCUGCAGGAAAACACCAGCUCCUGAAGACAUUAACAAACUUUCUAAAGUGUUCACAAUGUUUGACUUAUUUAAUAUGGAGCGUUUUGCAACAUGUUCAGUGUUGUCUCUUCACAACUGCAAGUCACCCCCCUGAAGUAACAGCAUCUCAAAGAUGUCACAUGUAUAUACUGUAAGAUAUGUUGAGGUUUAAGCCUCAGACUGUCAGACUGCAACUGUAAAAUGAUUGUGUAUAGCUGCCUGCUAUUAUUAAACUUUGUACAUUUCAAUAA